CAGGCACCCGCCUGCCUCCAUCUCGGCCGUCGUGUGACUGCUGACUACACUGCAUAUCUCCAUCCACAUUCUUCUCACUUUGUGAAAUAGUCAAGACAUAACUGCACUUUGAUCUGCUUCCUUUUCUUUUCGUGCUCCCGAUAGUCUGCCCUAGGUACCUACCUUACCCAUCUCUGACAACCAUGAUGGGAGCCGCAGUUGAAUCCGAUGUACGGUCGAUAGCGACAACGGCGACAGGCCCCUUGUCAUGCCCUCCUUCACCACCACCAGCGGCAGAGAAGGACGAGUCGCAACAGUCUUCGAUACCCGCUAUGGCCAUGACACCUUCCAGGAUCCCUCGAAGCAUGACCAGUGCCACCACUGCCUCAAAAGGUCCGGGCUGCCACUGGAGCCGCAUCCAAGACAUGGUCGGCAAUACACCUCAGAUCAAGAUCGCAGGAACUGUGAUCCCGAAUACCGCAGAUAUCCGCUUGGGCUUGAAACCUGCGGAUAAUGUUGGCAAGCCAUAUCUGCCUGGGCAGCCGCGUGUAUACCUUGACGGUUCCUCAUCGGAUCCCAACGAUCAUCCGGCAGAGUACCUGGAACGGUCUCACUUAACCAAGAAAACUGAUCGCCUGCUGAAGUGGAUGAAAUACAUAUUCGUUCAAACCCCCUCCUACCGACACAUCAUGCCCCUCCACCACCAAGGCGCGCACGACCGAGAGAUCAAGGUCGACGAGCAUCCCUGCCUGCACCUGGUCUGGUACUACGAGCGGAUCUUCAUUAAGCCAGUCCCAGCCUACUUCUACUGCAAAGUCUUCUGGGAAUACAUCGCCGACGCCAACGAAGAGGUUUAUAAGGCUUGCCUCGGCUUCAUGCGAAGCUAUUACUUCCUAAUCAAAUAUGAGGUCGACUUCGAACUGGCCGUUGAGAAAAGACUGAUCCCAAGAAAGACAGACGGCAAGCACCCCACAUACGAAGAGUGGUGCGACUUCAUCCGGCCCUUCAGUCUCGCUCGCGAUGACCAGGUCUCCAAACGCUAUGAGUUCGGCGAGCUGCGUCUCAGCCGGCUCAACAUGGCCUCGUUCUUCUUCCGGGGGAAGCUGGCCUUUUUCCACAUCUGGCCGCAGUGGGGAUCCUUCCUUACCCACAGUCUGGCACCUCUGCUCACCAUCUUUGCGAUCUGCUCCGUCAUCCUCAACUCCAUGCAGGUCAGCCUGCAGGCGCUGGAUACCGAUUUCAAGGAGGGCGAUAAGUGGCUCUCGCUCAAGAAGGCUUCGAUAUGGUUCCCUAUUGGGGUGUCCCUACUGAUUGCCGCGGUUAUCUUCCUUGCCCUGUCGGGCGUCAGCGUCGUGGCGGUUUUAGAUAUCUGGACCGGCAUUAAGACACGCAGGCUUAAGAAGGACAAUAGAUGGAAGGGCGGUGAAAAGACUCAUGGCGUUAUCUGGUAGUGUGCUGCCGGAGCACCGACCUCGGGGAACCCCAUUUGUCGAAUGCCUGAAAAUGUCGCUAGGUCACACCACAUGGAAAGCGAAAAGGGGCUUCGUCGAUGCCAGGCCGAUAGUUCCGGUGUCUUUUGACGAAGAACAGGUCCAAAACUCGACCCAUAUUAUCUUCUGCGGCAACUGU